UCGAAGGUAAAGAUCAGCCCUUCGCUCUUGUUGCAGUCAAAGUAGAUCAACAAAUCCAAGAAACUGAUGGCUCAAGACAAGGUAUUAUUUCCGGUAGCGAAAUAUUGUCUGCCAGAUCCAUAUUCCCCGCAACUUUCGGUCGGACGGUCUUGUGUGUUAAGAAGAGAUUUGCACUGAUCUCUUCAUCAAUCAAAAACAUGAUUUUCUUUUGCGUCGAUAUUGAGAUGGAUCACCCCCCUCGUGAACCACCGUCGUUCCAGGAAGAUGAGAUCAUUUGGAUUGCUUUCUUUUCUGUGGCUGGUGAAACCAGAACAAAUUCUAUAUCAACAUUUUUUAUUUUUCAUGAUCUUUCAAAUGAGACCAAUAUUGUCUAUGUAAUUUUAACAUAUUAACAUUUGCGUGUAAAAUAUGUAACUUUACGU